CUCGGAGAAGCCCGGUCUCCGGGUAAGAUGGCAGCGGACGGACAGUGCUCGCUCCCCGCUUCAUGGCGGCCGGUGACCCUCACCCACGUCGAAUAUCCUGCAGGUGAUCUCUCUGGCCACCUCCUUGCCUACCUGAGCCUCAGCCCUGUAUUUGUCAUCGUUGGUUUUGUGACCCUCAUCAUAUUCAAGCGGGAGCUGCACACCAUCUCGUUCCUCGGGGGUCUGGCACUGAACGAGGGGGUCAACUGGCUGAUUAAACACGUCGUCCAGGAGCCACGGCCCUGUGGAGGCCCCCACACGGCACUGGGCACCAAGUACGGGAUGCCCUCCAGCCAUUCGCAGUUCAUGUGGUUCUUCUCCGUCUAUUCCUUCCUUUUCCUGUACUUAAGAAUGCACCAAACGAACAACGCCAGGUUCCUGGACUUGCUAUGGAGGCAUGUGCUCUCCUUGGGUCUCCUCACCGCGGCCUUUCUAGUCUCCUACAGCAGGGUCUACCUGCUGUACCACACCUGGAGCCAGGUGCUCUAUGGGGGCGUCGCAGGAAGCCUCAUGGCCAUCGCCUGGUUUGUCUUCACGCAGGAGGUCCUCACCCCCCUGUUCCCCAAGAUAGCAGCCUGGCCUAUCUCUGAGUUCUUCCUAAUUCGAGACACGAGCCUCAUUCCCAACGUACUCUGGUUUGAGUACACAGUAACCCGGGCAGAAGCCAGGAACAGACAACGCAAACUGGGGACGAAACUGCAGUGACCGGUGAGUGUGGCUGAGUCCAGCCUGCAGAUCUGGCCUGCACGAUGCCUUGCAGGAUGGACGGAAUGACAGACAGACGGACGAAGCAGAGACCUCUACAGACCCAAGUCACCAAGUGGAGCCUUUUUUUUCCUUAUUUUAAUUUUAAUGAACAAGGUGGACCAAAAGGCCGAGCCAGCCCCUCAACCAGGACCCUGGAGGGCCUGCUGCCAGGGGGCCACACGGCCAGAGAGCCUCGCUGUGCUGCUGCCAGCCCCCGUCGGGCGGAAAGUGCCCUUAGCAUGGGCACUGGGGUGUGGGGUAGAGGAGGAGGGCUUGCACUUCUGGUCUCGGGGCCAGGAAAUCCAGGUGGCGUGAAAAAUACUAUUUAUUUUUUGGUUUUGUCAAAGGCAGACGGGAUUUUGGAGAUGGGGCCAGAAGAGCCUGCUCUGGUGGCUGCCCUGCGUACGGAGGAGUCCGGGUCAGCUUCCCAGGCUCUGUGCCCUGAGCCUGGGGGCAGGCUGCCUCUCCCUGGGCUGGAGAAGUGGCCUGGGGGCCCAGGAGGAGGGGAGCAGCCCCGUGCCCUCCCUGCCACCAUUGCCAUUCCAGAACUCGUUCAGUGUUUCCUUGUCUGGGGGCCAGGGCCCAGAGAGAGCACGCAUCUGGUGGCUGCUAUCAUUGCGUUCUACCCCGUAUCAACCCUACACCACAAGGGCUUUUUCUGGUCCCCUGGCCCCGAGACAAUGGUCCCUUUCUGACAAAAGAGCCUGCACAUGUGGGUGAGCAAACCCAAGCUGUUUACAGCUCUUUUGCCCUGCCAUCCAGUAGCAGUUAGUCUUCAUCUCCACUCGAACAAAACGCAAAGAACCAGGAGCCGGCUGAGAGGAGUGGGGCAGUGGGUGCCUGACGUCCCCACCCUUCCCUUCCCUCUGUGUGCUCUGAACAUUCCUUGUCCUUCCUGACCUCCUUCCAAGAUGCUGGGAACCUGCUCGGGGUCACCCUUGAGUCUAGGGUGUGGGCUCACAGAUUCCCGCUGUCCAGCUUGGAGGACACCUCUUCCUAAAGGGACCUGAUCUCUAAGUUGCUCUGAAAUGGAGUUGUGGAGAGGAGAUGCUUCCAGACUCUCGGAAGUUGCUAGAACUGAACCAGGCUGCUUGGGUCCUGUGUUCGAAUUCCUCUCCUCCCCCACCUUUUUCUUUGUGGAGGUUCCUAAUCUGCUGCUGAAGCACAAUAUUUUGGUGCUUUCUUUUCUCAUUUGUUAAAGACAGUGUCCAAAAGCCAUUCCAGAUGCCAGGACCAGGGGCCUAUUUCUGGGGAAGGUUGGUCAGUCCCCACAUUUUCCUCCUCUUCCUUUCUUAUUUUUAUUUUUUACUUUUUGCCUGAAACAAGCCAGGUGUGAGGUGAUUUAAGAAAAAUCAAUGAAAUUGUUUACUAUUGUUUUAAAAUAAAAUCUUGAACUCUG